GCAUCGUAUAUGUUUACAGAUGAUGUGGUAACGUUUCAACCUUAUUUAAGUUUCCAUGUAGAAAUCGUUCAUAUUUAUAUUCUAGAUCUAAUAUUUAACUCAUAACAGAAUGAGGGGUGUAUAUUUUCUAAGAUUAUCUCCCCUUUCGAAUUUCCAAAAAAUGAGGGAGGGGGUGAUUUAUCAAGAAAUACAUACCUAAAAAUAUGAAAGGCUUUUCAACCUUUUCGUUACCUGUACUUGUAAUACUCAUCGUUCGUAUAGUUUAUGCUUUAAUUAUAAUUGUUUGCAUUACGUUUUCAAAUUUUACCAGAUUCUGAUUAUUGCUUCAACAAAGCCUGCAGAAUAUUAAGAUAUUACUUGUGCAUAUUUUUGUCUUAACAAUAAACUAAAACUUAAUCUCUCUCAAUCUAAGCUGUGCAUUGUGCAACUCGCAAAAUUGUGUCAAAAUUUUAAAUAAAGCAUUUUAUCUGAUGAACAAAGAUAGAUCUGAAACAUGGAAUAGAAAACCUGAUUUAUAUAAUGUCUUGAUGUCGGCCUAGUUCACUUCAGGCCUCGUAAUAGCUCAUUUUAUUUAAUGAAUUUAAUUAUAUUAAAAUUUUAAUUAUGUUACUCGCUUGUAAAUUUUAUUUUAUUUUAGAUUCUAAUCGUUUUAUAGAAAUAAUAUAAAACCCUCUGUGAUGAUUUCUAUGGAUUUUAAUAAAUUUCUAUGAAUUUAAUAAAAAGUUGUUCCUCGUCAUUUCAGAUCAGAAAUGGACGUCGCAGCUUUCUCUGGCGACUCUUAUGACGCUAAGGAUUGGAUAAACAAGGCUCUACGCAACUCUGAUUCUACGCAAUCUAAGGAAGCUGCUGCUAGUAGUUUGGUGAUGAAACUACAGCUGAUGAUUUCUAAAUUAAAUAUUGCUUUGGAAGAUCAAUGUCAGACCGUGGUUCAGUCUAUUCCUAGAGUUGUACGGGAAGCUGAACAGCUGCAGCAAGAAGCUUCUCUUUUAAGUGAUAAGCUGGCGGCUGUGAAGGCUGACGUGGAGAGGGUGGAGAAGGAGACAGAGCAGAACAUGCAUACCUUAGUUGAGAUGGAUAGAGUAAAGGAGAGAUUAUCUGAGACAAGCAGAGCACUGCAAGAAGCAGAUAAUUGGACUAUGCUGGAUAAUCAGGUUGAAGAUGCGUUUGAGAAGAAUGAGGUUGAUGUUGUUGCUGAGAAGCUGACCGGGAUGCAAGCUAGCCUCAGGCUACUCCAGCAUGCUGCAGACUACCAGGAUCGUGUUGAUCAUCUUGAAUCUCUGAGAAAUAGACUUGAAGCUACUCUCAGUCCUCAGCUGGUGGCAGCUUUCAGUAAUAUGAACAGGCCGGCGGCUAGCCGGCUGGUCACCAUAUUCCGAAGUAUGGAGCGGGAUCAUCAGCUCACAAAAUACUACAGUAAAUGCACUCGAGCUGGUAUUGUGCAGAAGUGGACUGAGAUUGUGACCACCUCCGAGGAGGGUGUGUUGGAGUGGUUGGAGAACCUGUACAAGGAGCUUUUAAACCUGGUGGAGGAGAACAAGAGUUGGUGUGCCGAGGUGUUCCCUCUAGAGAACCCGGAUACAGUCAUGUGUACAGUUCUUACAGAUGUUCUUGGGAGCCUAGAUCCAAGUUUAGAGUUCUGUAUUGAAGCUGGGAUAAAACUACAGAACAAUGUUCUUACUUUCCUAAUAGAUCUUAGAGAUAGGACAGAUAGGUUUGUUGCUGACCUGCGACCCAUGUUACAAGGUUGCACUGAGGUCAAUUUAAGAGAUCUUGCUAAAGUCGUCUUUGCUCCUUACAAACCUUAUGUAGAAAGGUAUGGUGAGCUUGAAAGUCAGCUGAUGUUGGCUGAGAUGGCAGGGUGGACUUCAGGAAGUAAAGAUACAAUUGAAGAGAUUCACAGCCUGACUAGUUCUGUAAGCAAGCUGGUCAGUUUAGGUAGAGAGGCGGGGUCACGCUGCUCCUCCCUUACUAAGGGAACUGGAUUUCCAGGUCUUUCUCUUGCAAUCCGAUCCGUCCUGGAUAAACAUAUGGAUAGGUAUCGUAAGCUGAUGAAGAGGUUAGAAAGAAGAAGAACUGUUGUUGACGAUGAUUGGUCAGUUUUACAGCAUUGUCUAGCCGCUAUACAGACAACAGGAGAUCUAAUGUUGGAGAUGGAGGAGCUGGAUAUGAACCUGUCCUUGAUGUUUCUUGAGUCCACCAGGGGCUACCUAGGACCUGAUGGAGGUGAGGAUCCAUUCUUCCAGCAUCAUGUUCUUCUCCUUAACCCAGCAGGGAUUCAGGCUCUAACAACACUUUACACGAAGGUUUCUGGAAGAACCGGUUCUUCAACCCCUAUCUUAAACCAGGCAAUGGAACUCCUCUCAUCAGUCUCGGCUGAGUUACAGAAGACGACAUUUAACGUCAUGUUUCAUCCAAUCUCCUCUCAACUAGAGAAACUUCCCGGUCUUGAUAGCUGGACGGCGGAGGGUGGAGGACAGUAUAGUUUGGAGGCGGAUCUACCUGAGUUUAGUUUCUCACCCCAGGAGUAUAUAACACAGACUGGAGAAUAUUUGAUGACCCUGCCUCAACAUCUAGAGCCAUAUAUGACGGGAGACACUGUCACUCUGGCCAGGGCCUUCCGUUGCGGGGAGUUUCCUGGUUCUACUGAUACAGGGGAUAGAGAUUCCCCAGUUGAUUUUAUCCUUGGAUGUAUUGCAGCCUCCACUUGUAGAACAUACCUGGAUCAGUUACCCAGGUUGCCAGUCCUUAGUGCAAACUCAACUAGACAGCUGGGAGUUGAUAUCGGGUGCCUGGGAGAUAUAUUAGAUGAUCUUGGACACCCUCUCUCAAGCGACCUCUCUAGUGCGUCAGCUCUCCUUAGGAUUCCAUUGACGGGGUUCAGGGAAGAAAGCAACGGUUACCCCGCCAAGAUUGUUCAAGUUAUAAAAUCUAUUCGAGGAAUUGAAUAGUCAUCCAAAACAUCAAGAUCAUUCAUCUGACGAUCACUCUAGGAUGUAUUAAAGGUUUUGAAGGGAAUGAUGGUUAAUUAAAUCAUCAAGAUCAUGAAUCAUUAUUGUAAUGAUCACCCAAAAUUAACUUUUUCGGUUUUGAAAAUAUCAAAUAGUUAUUUUAACAAUUAAGAUCUUUUAUCUCAAGGGAUCAUUGAUCAACAUGUUUUUUUUAUAUCGUCGUAUUAUGUAGAUUUAUUUUUCACAUUUUUGUUUAAUUAUUUUAUUUGUACACAUGAAAUUAUAUUCGUGAUAAAACUGUGAUAUUUAAAGUGAUUUUUUUACGUAAUUUGAAAUAGUCCUUCAAGUUAUGAAUGCCAUUAACGAUUAACAUAGAUAAUCUUUAAACCUUUUAUCUAAUAAUGAUCUAUUAUAAUCAGAAUUAUCUCUAUAUGUAUAUUUUGCUCCUUCAUUAUAUUUUUUAAUUUGGUCUGCCUUUUUGUUCUUUCAAAAUAUAAGAGGCUAGCUUUGGAAACCUUCCUACACUUUCUUUCAAAAAGUCAACCCAUUUAACUUAAAAUGAUUAAACCAAGCUAAGACCGAGGGUUUUAUUGAGUUCCUCACCCAAAUUUUGAGGCAAAUUUCGGUUGUCCCUGCAAAGUAUACCAUGGCGGGAUAUCGAAGAGGAAUUGAAUAAAUCCGUAAAUCUCCAUAAUAUAUCUAUCCUUGAUCCAGGGGUUAACAACAUAAAAGGUUUGACUUUGAACAGUUAUUUAUCGUUAGGUUAAUUACGCAUUUUUAACUAAAGGAUCAUUUAAAAAUACGUGGACAAAUCUUGGACCGUUUUUAUUUAUUUUUAGAUUAAAUUAAAAUGUAUUAUUUAUGCCUUUAUACGUUAGAAAAUUUCAGA